CCUGUUCCCGCCAGAUAGGGUCCGAUUUCACGUGUUUGUGUACAUCUGGUUUUUAUGGCGACACUUGUGAAUACGUUGACGCCUGCCAUAGUGUUCCUUGUGUAAAUGGCGGAACAUGUGACCGGGACGCGAACAGCUUUAGCUGUGCCUGUACAAACAGAUACCAAGGAACUACUUGUGAAAUAGAUUGCAGGCCUGGGCCGGCAGAUAUCCUGUUCAUUAUCGAUUCCUCAUUUAAUACGGAGAAACAUUUCAACGAUUCAAAAGCAACUGUCACGGCAAUCGUCAAUAAGUUACCUAUAGGAGCCGAUGAUUUUCAAAUAGCAGUCAUUACAUAUUCAUUUGAUGCAACCAUGGAGUUUUCCUUCAGUACCUACACAGACAAAGCAGAUUUGGUUUCCGCCAUUGAUAACAUAUCACCUAUCAUGGGACCCUCCUACCUCGACAAGGCCUUAGACAAGGCGAAGGAGGUAUUUGGUAUUUCGUCAUCUUUUGGGGCUCGAGCACAGGUGUUUCAGUACCUAAUUAUAGUCUCUGACGGGCUUUCUACUCUGAGAACGAAAGCAGUAAAAGACGCUCAAACAUUGAAAAGUCGAGGAAUUAAAGUUCUAACCGUUGGGAAUGGAGAGCAAGUCGAUCAGACUGAACUGCUCCAGUUAGCUACAGCCAGCCAAUAUGUAUUUUCAGGAGGCAAGGAGGAUGAUACCACAAAUGUCAUCCUAAUAGAGACCGUGAACACUAGCUGUACAGAUUGUUUACUCAACACAAUGACGGACAUGGUGUUUGUGGUUGAUAUUUCUAAGCAUCAGACUGUUCUACAACAAACGCUGGAUGCACUUAAGGACCUGUUAUACAAAGCACUGGACUAUAACCCAAAUCCUCAAGUCGGCAUGGUCACGUUCGACUUGACAGCUACAUUUAAGUUUAACAUUAAUCAAUAUACAGAUCGAGACAAGAUCCUUCUCAACAGCCAGAUUGUCUUGCAACGACAAACCAAAAGUCAAAUAUAA